UGGCGGAUCAUCAGAUCCAGUUCAGUGGGAUCGGUGACGACGAGAACAUGCAAUCCACGCUGCACACUCUUGGCACGACACGUGGCACGACACUUGAAAUGACACGUGGCACGCCUGUACCAGCUGGGUCGUAUCAUAUGUACCCCCAGGGUCGGCUGGCAAAGGACCGCAGAGCAGCUCCCGCAGAGCACAACAGUCUGAGAGUGACUGAAGACGGUGGUGAUGUUAAAGUAGCCCUGGCAUUUGACAUCCAUGAAGAAACUGUUAGGGCUUUGCACAAGCCUCUUCAACUUGUGCUUCUUCUUUUCCGACGGGCAGAUGCAGCAGAUCGAUAUCGGAAGAUAACGUCACCGGCGAUGGAGGAGGAGGAGGAGAAGGAGGAGGAGGAGGAGGAGGAGGAGGAGGAGGGGAAGGAGGAGGUUGAGGAGGCAAGGGAGGAGGAGGGGGGGGGAGAAGUUUCAAAUGCUCGGCUAUGCGGUGGGCGAUGGGUUAAGCUCAUAGAUGAUGGUCACCCAGGUCUCAUUGAGGUCAAAUGGUGUCGAAAUCGGUUUACACCGUUUCUGGUCAUAGAUCCUGAGCCAGAUGCUAAACCUCGUAGGAGGGAUGCUGAGGAAUUUAUUGAGGUGCUGUCAGUUGAUUUGGAGACUCUUCAACGGCGUUUGUACGGAGGGCAGAUGCUACCUUCUUCCAUCAUAAGCUGUUCAAUGGCAAUAAGUUAUCUUCAACAAUCUGCAUUACUGUGAUGAGAAUCAUUUUUUUUGCGGUGGGGAUUAUUCCUCGUUCACGAUGGCUUUGCAGGACCAAUUUGAAAGCAGCAGACGUGGAUGACGAACUCUGGACCUGGAAAAAGACCACCCCGGACCUGGUUGAUGGGCCACUCUGGAUCUGGAACAUGGACUGGUCUGGACCUGGAACUUGAUGGACCAUGCUCAUGACCGGGAUGAUGGACCACUCUGGACCUGGAACAUGAUGGACCACUCUGGACCUCGGUGAAGGACCACUCUGGGCCAGGAGAAUGGUCCAUUCUGGACCUGGAAAAACGAUGGACUGCACUCUGGACCUGGAACAAAAUGAGCCACUCCGGACCUGGGCCAUGAUGGACCACUCUGGACCUGGAGCGUGAUGGACCACUCUGAACCUGGAGUGUGAUGGACCACUCUGGACCUACAUUCUGGACCUGGAACAUGGGUCUGUCUGGACCUGGGGCAUGAUGGACCACUCUGGACCUGGAGCAUGAUGGACCACUCUGAACCUGGAGCAUGAUGGACCACUCUGAACCUGGAGUGUGGUGGACCACUCUGGACCUGAAGCAUGAUGGACUACAUUCUGGACCUGGAACAUGGGUCAGUCUGGACCUGAACAUGAUGGGGACCACUCUGGACCUGGAACAUGAUUGACCACUCUGCAACAGGAACAUGGGGCACUCCUUCCUCUUGGAUAUGGGUCAUGGAAAAUCUAGUCCUGCAAGUGUCGAGAUAGAUACCUAAGCAGUCACUUCCUACUUGGGACGAAUUCCUGAGGGAUCAUUCCUGACUUGAGAGAAACCGACCUAGACAAUGAUACAUACGCCAUUCCACUUUUGUCCUGGAACAGGGUCACGGAGGACCGAUCCUUCUUUACAGGUUUUGACAGCAGUGCAUGGGGUCCCAUUCCAUGUCCCUCACGAGUAGGAGAUGCCGAUUUGAAAAGGGCCCGACGUUCUCGGUCUGGCCCUUACUUCCUCAUAAUGGAGCUCGCCUACGGGCUUUACAAAGGGCUAUUAGACCUGGUUUCUAGGGUUCCCGCUAUUAGACUUAGUUUCUAGGGUUCCCGCUAUUAGACCUGGUUUCUAGGGUUCCCGCUAGUAGACCUGGUUUCUAGGGUUCCCGCUAUUAGACCUGGUUUCUA